UCGACCGAGUACGGACGUCGUACGUGUUGUAACAUUUAUAUAUAUACAUAUAUAUAUAUAUAUAUUGCUUUGCUGUCGCGGACGCUAACCUAACCGUUCACCGCUGACAUUUUUCUCCCGUAAUCGUAACUACAACAAUACGAUAUUUACGAUUUUGAUGAAAUAAAAAAAAAGGGUGAGGAGAUUUCUGGUUUUUUGUCGACCGCCGUUGUCAUCAUCAAACGCCCGAUCACCCGACGGACGGACGAUAAUAUUUAACAUAUUACAACAGCCGUCGCCGUACAACGCGAUAAAUAUCAUCGCAAGUGAUAUUUAUCAGUGUACGUAGUCGUGAGCUCCGACGCCGCGUCCGAUGGCAGCCACCACUACGGCCGGUUACGCGCGGGCCGAGCUCGACGCGCCGUACGGCGGACGCUGCAGCGCCGAUCCGCCCGACAUCGAGGAGUUACUCCGUUUGAACCCCAAACCGCUGGCUAACUGCCAAUGGACAACGACUGUGCCCAACGAUGGAGGUACGACGGCCGGAGGAAAAGGAGUUGGAUUGAUGGCCGCCGCCGGAUCCGGACUGGCCCGGGCCCGGGCGAUAGUCAAACCGUCUGCCGCAACGGUCGUGGACCGUCAUCACUACAAGCGUAAUUCUUCGUAUUCCGAGGACACUGCAGGUGUCAUAGAUGGUUGUGCUGGUGGCCUGUGGAACCGAUGGUGGACUGACGUCAAACCCAGCACACUACGAGGUGGCGAACGAGCGGCUGUUCGCGAGGCCCGCCGUUGCCUGAAAUGUGCACAUGCGCCAUGUCAGCUAUCGUGCCCAACGUCCAUCGAUGUCAAGUCAUUUAUCACGAGUAUCGCUAACCAGAACUAUUAUGGAGCUGCUAAGACGAUCCUGUCGGACAACCCGGUGGGCUUGUCUUGCGGUAUGGUGUGUCCCACGAGUGAGCUGUGCGCCGGUUCUUGUAAUUUGGCCGGGUCAGAUGGCGGACCUAUCAAUAUUGGUGGACUACAGCAGUUUUGUCUAGAAAUGUUCAUGGACAUGGCAGUACCUCCUUCGGCUGUUUCUUCGGAAGACGAUGACGACGAGGAAUACGAAGACGGCCCGACGCUAAAGGCUCGAGGCCAGAGUAAAUUGGCGCCCAUAGCUGUGGUUGGUGCCGGUCCGGCGGGGCUGACGUGCGCCACGUACCUAAACCGGCUUGGAUAUCGGCGCGUAACUGUCUAUGAAUCGGGUGCUUACGCCGGCGGUCUUAGCGCCUCCGAGAUACCCGAGUACCGGUUACCAUGGCGGGCGGUUCGUUGGGAAAUCGAGCAGAUGGUCGAGCACGGUCGAGGUGGCGUCCGCCUGGAGUAUGGUCGUCGACUAUAUUCUUCUUCCGCUGGCGAUAGUAGACCCGGUGACAUCACGUUAAAAGACCUGAUAGAAGGACCGGAUGCAGCGCGGGCUGUAUUUGUGGCUGUCGGUCUACCGGAGCCUCAACUUCCGGCCGACCUCUUCCGCGACGUUGACGUCAGCGGCACUACGGCCGCCGCCCAAAGUCUAGGCGUGUACACUUCCAAAUGGCUAUUGCGUCAGGCCUCGGGGUACUCCAAGCGGUUGCCUGACGGCCGGGGGGGAUGUGGUAGUGGUUGUAACGGAAGUACCGGCGGCUGUGGAUCGUCGAAAUCGGUCACCGCGCCUCUGCCUCCGGAUUUCCGAGGUAAAACCGUGCUGGUGCUUGGCGCCGGUGACACGGCCAUGGACUGCGCUACAGUCGCACUCAGGUGCGGCGCCCGCCGCGUACGUGUCGUCUUUCGACGUGGCACACCCGAUGUGCGCGCCGUUCCAGAAGAACUGGAAGGAGCUAUGCGCGAACGUUGCGAGCUGGUACCACACUCACAGCCGGUGAAGUUCUUGUUCCGCAAAGUUUCGGGCAGCGGUACAGACCGGAUCCGAGCCGUGCAAUUCCGCCGGACCGACGUGGACGACUUGGAGCCACAGCAGAACUCCGCCGACGACGAAGACCACUCGGCAGACGAUCUGUUCGUGUUGCGCGCCGACUGUGUCGUCUCGGCGUUUGGCUCGCGAUUACCGAAAGAAUUGGCGGAAGCGCUGGCACCAUACGCAAGAGUAGACGAACGCACUGGACGAGUAUGCGUCGACACUCAAACCGGCCGCUGUGAGUGGUGGAAGGACGGUGACGACAAACAAGAACGGCGGACUCCACCACCGGUAUGGUGCGGUGGUGACGCUUCUUGCGCAACAGGAUCCACAGCCGAUCCGUCGCAGACCACGGUAGAGUCGGCCAACGACGGAAAAACGGCUGCGUAUCACAUACAUCAGUAUCUACAGGAGUUGUACGGUUACCGUAUCCAAAAUCACCAAUCAUCUGUUUCACGACCACUGCUACCAGGUUUUCGAACAGCAAUUGACGACGUGGACUUAUCUGUCAGGAUGUGUGGACUGCGUUUUAUGAACCCAUUCGGACUGGCCUCAGCACCGCCCACGACGAGCGCUGCGAUGAUACGCCGAGCGUUCCAGGCUGGUUGGGCAUUCGCUGUCACAAAAACGUUCGGACUGGAUAAGGACUUAGUAACGAACGUAUCACCACGUAUCAUAGGACUGGGCAGUCAUGGUGUAGGAGGCGGCUUGGCUGCCAGUGGUAAAGGACCUGGUACUGUCAAUGCCGGAGACUCGGAUGUGGCCAGAAACGCUUUUUUGAACAUUGAAUUGAUUUCGGAAAAAACCGCUGCAUACUGGUUACGUUCCAUUCAGGAAUUGAAGCAGGACUUUCCUCAGCACAUACUAAUUGCCAGUAUAAUGUGCGCGUACAUCGAGGACGAUUGGACAUUACUUACCAAAUUGGCGUGCGACGCAGGUGCCGAUGCGCUGGAGUUGAACUUGAGCUGUCCCCACGGCAUGGGCGAAUCCGGAAUGGGUUUAGCGUGCGGCCAGGAUCCGGUGUUGGUGGAGAACAUUUCAAGAUGGGUCAAACGAGUGGCGGUGCGACCGGCUAGUGACGGUGGGGCGCCAACAGCCGUACCCGUAUUCAUAAAAAUCACGCCCAACGUGACGGACGUGGUAGCCGUAGCCCGGGCGGCUGUGCGACUCGGAGGGGCCGACGGAGUGACCGCUGUCAACACGGUCUCGGCGCUUGGUCCGUUGGACGUGACUGGUACGGGCGGUCGACCGUGGCCGGGAGUCGGCAGAACCACUGCGGACACGCCAAGAACCACGUACGGUGGCAUGUCAGGCACGGCCGUCCGGCCUAUAGGUUUGCGGGCCGUGUCGGCGUUGUCCCGAGCCCUUGGACCGGACGUGGCGGCCGGUGGAGACGGAGGACCGCCUGUCCAGAUAAUGGCCACAGGCGGCGUGGAUAGUGCCGCGGCCACGCUCCAAUACCUGUAUUGUGGUGCCAAAGUUGUACAGGUAUGCAGCGCUGUCCAAAAUCAGGACUUCACCGUCGUCCAAGAUUAUAUCACCGGACUCAAGGCGUUGUUGUACACGAACGGUGGUGGCGGUGACAAACGACGGGAGAAACGGAUUCAUCCCACUCCCGCGCUAGUCAAGGACUCAAUCGACUUAUCCGACGACUACGAUAUCGUAUCAACGACGGCCGCAGUUGCCGAUCAAAGCGGUGGUAAAUCGAUGUUUGGACCGUACUUGCGGAGCAGGCGCUGUGAGCAGGCAUCCGGUGCGGCAGCAGAUAUGGUUAGCUCGAUCCAGGGAACCAAGUCAAACGGAGUUGAUCAGACACCGGAGCAGAUGGUAACGGUUCCGGCAUCGGAGGAAACUAAUGAAGACCUAGUCUCGGUUCCGGUUGCAACGCCUGUGGAACUGGUUGUGGGCCGAGCGCUGAAAGCCGUCGGCGCGUACAAAUCACUCGAUCGUCGCGCGCAGGUCGUGGCCCUGGUCAACGAAGACUCGUGUAUCAACUGCGGCAAAUGUUACAUGGCUUGUAACGAUUCCGGUUACCAGGCGAUUUCGAUGGAUCCAAAAUCACAUAUCGUCCACGUCCAACCUGACUCGUGCACGGGUUGCACAUUGUGUUUGACGGUGUGCCCCAUUCCUGGUUGCAUAAGCAUGGUCGAAAAGACUGUACCGCAUGUGGUGAAUCGUGGUCUAGGCCGCCGACAGAAAGUUUCCACGUAUGCGUGUCCCAACGACGGCGAAUACAUCGACUAGCAGUGUUCCUCAGAAGAACAGAAUAACCACGGUAGUUCGGCUGUAGCGACUCAGUGACAGUCAUGAUAAUAUCCUUACCACUGAUAAUGUUUACUGUGAUCUAUGUCCACGAGUGUUAACUGUACCAAUUGCGUAUUAGAUAAUAUAAUAUGAUUGUCCGAAUCGAAGCGUCUAUAAUAGCCAGUUGUAUAAAAUAAAUAUAAUAUAUUAAUUCAUUUUAUACAAAAACAAAAAAAAAUAAAAAAAAAAUAUAGGAUUAUAGCUUGUAUUAAUAUCGGUAUGUUAGUAUGUUACGUUUAGGACGUUUAGGUUAAGUGUAUAAGGUAUUAAGUGUUUGUUUUAACUCGAUGUAGUGUAGACCUACAUAUAACAUAUUAUAUAUUAUGUACUAUUGUAACGUGAAGAUGGGUUGAUCACACUGUGUACUGCACAGAUACUAUCAUUACACCAUUCACAUAUCUAAUAUUAUCUAAUCAAUCGUUUUAUAUUUUUAAAUAACCGUGUUUAAUGUUUAUGUUUAUUUUUAAUAAUUUUUAAUGUAAAAAAAAAAAUUGUCUUGAAAAUCUAAAUCUUAUAAUGCAUAUUAUUAUUAUGCAAAUAUGAGCAAUAUUACUACACUUAUUUGAAUCGCAAAUAUACUUAUGAUAACAACGUUA